UAGACAUGUCAUGCCUCUGAUGUGUGGUGAUAUCCAAAUCAUAGACAAGAUAACCUUAGGUUCUGCGGCCAUCCUUGGAAUUCAGCAGGCCACACACUUGACUGUAAACGAGCUUGGCACUGCAUUUUAUAUCGCUUAUAUUCUGUUCGAGUAUCCCCAGAAUCUUGCCCUUCAGAGAUUCCCGGUCGGGAAGUGGAUAAGUAUCAAUAUCUUCGUCUGGGCAAUUGCACUUGCAUGUCAUGCAGCGUGCAAAAACUUUCAUCAGCUUUUUGUCGUGCGUUUGUUGCUGGGCGUAUGUGAGGGGUCGAACACCGCCGGAUUCCUGAUCGUUGGCUCCAAUACGCUACGGGUUGGUUAUUGGUCUAUGAUGCUUGGCAUUGCACAAAUAAUUUCUGGUUUCAUUAGCUUUGGUACUUUGCACAUUCACACCUCUGGGUUUGAACCAUGGCAAUGGCUUAUGAUAAUCACCGCUAUAAUGACGAUGAUCCUUGCCAUCUUAUUUUGGUUCUUGUUCCCUGAUUCGCCUAUGAACGCCUGGUUCCUUACUCCCGAUGAGCGAGUGAAAGCUGUGCAGCGCAUCAAGGCAUGCCUGUUAAGUUACGAUACCAACUAUCAUCUUACAGCUAGCACAGGAAAACCAAACAGGGGUAGAAAACAAGCACUUUAAGAAGGAGCAGAUGAUUGAAGCCCUGACUGACCCCAAGGCAUGGCUCUUCGCUCUCCUCUCGGCUCUAUGCAAUGUGCCUGCCUCAUUAUUAAACCAACAAUCACUUAUCCUCGUUUCGUUUGGAUUCAACUAUCUACAGACGACUCUCUUGUCUUGUAUUCCUGGUGUGAUU